AUGCUUCAGCACUUUAUUUCGGAUUCCGCUUGCACCAUUGAUGCAACUACCAUUUUCACUGGUGGUAAAGUUAUGCUAUGGGUACUAAUGUCAGGAAGUCAGCAUGUGCUGGGUGAAGCCGUUAAUGAAGCUGCAUGGCUACCUGGGAUGAGCCUUCUGGCUACAUCAAACGAGGAUUAUUCUCUGAGGCAGCAAGCGCCGGUCCAUUCGCAACAGCUCCAAAAUGGACAUUACUCACUACGCGUCAGAUAUCCAUGGAUGGCUGUUGGUACCACACAACCUCCUCAGGUUCAUCACACAUUUGAAACAUAUGGAUUAGAUGGUGCCUUCCGUUUAUCGGACAAGGACAGCAAACAAAGUUUGAAGUUUUUCUUGUUAGUUUAUAUGACUUGUAUGGAUUCAUCUUUUAAUUUUAGAUAUGAGAAGGGAAUAAGUAAAUCCUGCCGUUAUCGUUUUCCAAUUGGUUGCAUUUCACCUUCCGUUUAG